UUCUCCCACCACUGUUGGGGCCGUUAAAGCAAUACAUGGUCGUCUCCUCUGUUUCAAAUUGCCAAAUUGCGUGUUUUGUAAGUGGAGGAUGUCUUUGCAGGCUCAGUUGUCUCUGAUGCUAGUAGUCGUGUCUAUUGGAUCUGCCUUCGUUGUGUCCUAUGAGCAAUUUCAGAAAUUCCCGGUUUCGCCACAAUCAUUCACAGCACAAGAGCCCCUCAAGAAACCUGCUCGCAGGCUUGCCAAACCAUUGAUAGGGGAUGACGGGCGGGUAUAUGCCUGUUCGGAGAAAACAUUCUAUUCUUUCCAUAAAAAUGGUUCCAUUGCUUGGACAAUAACUCUCAACUACUCAUGCAAUUCGCAUAUAGCUCCAGAGCACGGUGGGUCAAGAAAGAUAUAUUUGGUUGCAGAAAACAGAGUUCUAAAAAUCAAUCCUUUGAAUAAUGAUCCUUAUUCUACUGUACAAGAGUUCUUUGGCCCAGAACCGGGGGAAAUUAUUGGCCUCGCUGUAAGCGUAUCGAGUUCAUGUGUUAUCAUCAAUGUCAGAAACAGGGGGCUUUUUGCAUAUAGAUUGCAGGGACAACUGCUCUGGACUGCUGGCCCUGUACUUUAUCAACACGGAUAUCGUCAAGGUUGUAGGAAAAACAUUUCAGACUGUUACUUUUCAUCUAACCCCGUGAUUGAUCAUUGUGAAGCUAAUAUAUAUAUCUCAAAUACUGAAGGAGAGCUGUAUGCAUUAUCAGUACGCAGUCCUCAUUUCAAAUGGAUCCAGGAUCUUAGUUCAUUUGACACGAGAUUUACAGUCACCCCUGCAAACAAUGGCCUCUUGUAUGUUACUCUCCCUGAUCGAGCUCUACUGCUGGCACUAGAUGUUUACACGGGAAGUAUUCUGUGGCAGGGAAGCACUGGGCCUCUAAGCUCAGAAGAUUAUGCACCGGCUGUUGAUUCCAAUGGCUGGAUAUCCAUCGGCUCACUGGAUGGAUUCUUGUACUCAUUUUCACCAACAGGCUCACUUAAGAAAUUUCCUGAAUCCUAUCAUAAUAUUGUAUAUUAUACAUAA